CGCGCUGUCUUUAUAUGUUCUUCUUGUCCUUCGUCCUUUUUUUUUUUUUUCUCUGCUGUUCGGUGAUUUCUUAAUUUUCAGUCAUAAAUGGCCUCUUCAAGUUCCGGAAACGCUAUUCCUGCCUCAGAGGCAGUUCAGAUUCUUGUUUCUUCACUAGCAGAUGAUUCUUCAAUGGUCAGAGAAGCCUCCAUGGCUUCUCUGAAGGACAUCGCUAACCUGAACCCACUACUGGUUCUUGAUUGUUGUUCAACUGUUUCUCGAGGAGGACGUCGUCGUUUUGGUAAUAUGGCUGGUGUAUUUCAAGUAAUGGCAGUCAGUGUCUGUGCCUUGGACAAAAGCGACGCGGAUCCUCCUUUCAUGGGUAAGCUAGCCAAAAUUGCCACUGCUGAGAUGAUCUCUUCCAAGGAACUUAAUGCUGACUGGCAAAGGGCUGCUGCAGGUCUACUUGUUGCAAUUGGCUCACAUUUGCCUGACUUAAUGAUAGAAGAAAUAUUUCUUCAUCUUUCGGGGCCAAAUUCAGCACUUCCAGCUAUGGUCCAAAUACUUGCGGACUUUGCUUCUGCCGAUGCAUUGCAGUUUGCUCCACGGCUCAAAGGUGUACUUUUACGAGUUCUGCCUAUUCUUGGAAAUGUGAGAGAUGCCCACCGACCAAUUUUUGCAAAUGCAUUUAAGUGUUGGUGUCAGGCUUGUUGGCAAUAUAGUGUGGAUUUCCCUUUGCUUUCACUUCUUGAUGGCGACGUCAUGUCAUUUCUGAAUUCUGCUUUUGAGCUUUUAUUGAAGGUUUGGGCGACUUCACGGGAUCUUAAGGUCCGCAUAUCUACUGUGGAAGCUCUGGGUCAGAUGGUUGGUCUUGUAACUCGAACACAAUUGAAGGUUGCUUUACCAAGACUUAUCCCGACUAUUUUGGAACUGUAUAAGAAAGAUCUAGAUGUUGCCUUUGUGGCUACAUGCAGUCUCCACAAUAUCCUAUAUGCUUCUUUACUGUCAGAAAGUGGUCCUCCUUUGCUUGAUUUUGAGGAUCUCACAGUUGUUUUGUCAACACUUCUUCCUGUGGUUUGCAUCAAUAACGACAGCAAAGAGCGAUCAGUUUUCUCAGUGGGACUUAAGGCCUACAAUGAGGUUCAGCAUUGCUUUCUGACAGUUGGCUUGGUAUACCCUGAGGAUUUAUUUGUGUUCCUUCUGAAUAAGUGCAGGUUGAAGGACGAACCCUUAACUUUUGGCACACUUUGUGUUCUAAAGCAUCUUUUGCCCAGGUUAUCCGAAGCUUGGCACGGUAAAAGGCCUUCACUUGUUGAAGCUGUGAAGUUGUUGCUAGAUGAGCAAAGUUUGGGGGUUUGUAAGGCUCUUUCGGAGUUGAUUGUGGUUAUGGCUUCACACUGUUACUUGGUUGGUCCAUCUGGAGAGCUGUUUGUUGAAUAUCUUGUACGCCAUUGUGCUAUAUCAGAUCAUGAAAGAAAUGAUCUUGAGAGCUCGAAGGAAGUGUUCAGGUCAAGUGGCACUUACUAUGCCUUUCCGUACAAGCGAUAUGAGGUGAAGACUGGGAAUGUUUGUCCUACAGAAUUACGGGCAAUAUGUGAAAAAGGUCUUCUUUUACUAACCAUUACCAUCCCAGAAAUGGAGCAUAUCCUCUGGCCGUUUUUGUUAAAGAUGAUCAUUCCACGGGCUUACACCGGUGCAGUUGCUACGGUCUGCAGAUGUAUCUCAGAAUUGUGCAAACACAGAUCUUACAAUAAUACGAUGCUUACCGAGUGUAAAGCUCGCACUGAUAUUCCAAAUCCUGAGGAGCUUUUUGCCCGGUUGGUGGUGCUUCUGCAUGAUCCUCUCGCGAGGGAGCAGCUGGCGACUCAGAUUUUGACAGUCCUAUGUUGUCUGGCACCUCUCUUUCCAAAAAAUAUCAACUUGUUUUGGCAAGACGAGAUUCCAAAAAUGAAAGCAUAUGUGAGUGACACAGAAGACCUAAAGCAGGAUCCUUCAUAUCAAGAAACUUGGGAUGACAUGAUAAUCGAUUUCCUCGCAGAAUCAUUGGAUGUGAUUCAGGAUCCUGAUUGGGUGAUUUCUUUGGGAAAUGCUUUUGCCAAACAUUAUGAACUUUAUACGCCUGAUGACGAGCAUUCUGCGCUGCUGCACCGAUGUCUUGGCAUGCUUCUUCAGAAAGUUGAUGACAGAACUUAUGUUCGUGAUAAGAUUGAUUGGAUGUAUAAACAAGCUAAUAUUGCAUUCCCAACAAAUAGGAUUGGUUUGGCAAAAGCCAUGGGAUUGGUUGCUGCAUCCCACUUGGAUACUGUUUUGGAAAAAUUGAAGAACAUUCUUGAUAAUGUUGGGCAAAGUAUAUUUCUAAGAUUUCUAUCCAUUUUCUCUGAUCGAACUAUGGAUGAUUCUGAUGAUAUACAUGCUGCUUUGGCUCUAAUGUACGGAUAUGCAGCAAGAUAUGCUCCAUCGACAGUUAUUGAAGCCAGAAUAGAUGCGCUUGUGGGAACUAAUAUGCUUUCACGACUUCUUCAUGUACGCCAUCCCACUGCCAAGCAGGCUGUUAUCACUGCUAUUGAUUUGCUAGGUCGUGCUGUCAUUAAUGCUGCAGAAAGUGGUAUAUCAUUCCCAUUGAAAAGAAGAGACCAGCUGCUCGAUUAUAUAUUAACUUUGAUGGGUCGAGACGAUGAAAGCAGCUUUGGUGAUUCUAGUCUUGAACUUCUGCAGACUCAGGCCCUUGCAUUAAAUGCCUGCACUACUUUGGUAUCUGUGGAGCCAAAGUUGACAUCCGAGACAAGAAACCUUGUUAUGAAGGCCACCUUGGGGUUUUUCACUUUACCAAAUAAUCCUGCAGAUGUUGUCAAUCCCCUUAUAGACAACCUUAUCACUCUCUUAUGUGCAAUUCUUCCAAAAAGUGGAGAGGAUGGAAGAAGCCGAGCAGAGCAGCUUUUGCAUAUCCUGAGACAGAUUGAUCAAUAUGUUUCCUCAUCUGUGGAGUACCAGAGAAAAAGAGGUUGUCUUGCAGUUCUUGAGAUGCUUUUAAAGUUUCGGACACUUUGUGUCAGUGGAUAUUGUGCAUUUGGCUGCCAUGGAAGUUGCACGCACAGCAAGCAAAUUGAUCGUACUCUGCAUCGGAAUUUUUCCAACUUACCAUCUGCAUAUGUAUUACCAAGUCGUGAUGCCUUGUGUUUGGGGGAUAGGGUCAUAGUGUAUCUUCCACGUUGUGCAGAUACAGAUUCUGAAGUCAGAAAAGUUUCUGCUCAGAUUCUUGAUCUAUUCUUCAGCAUAUCUCUUUCACUACCAAGGCCUGAAGGUUACAAUUCUGGAGUUGAUAUAGAAUUGUCCUAUGGUGCUUUGUCUUCCCUUGGGGAUGUUAUUGCUAUCCUGAGAAGUGAUGCUUCUAUUGAUCCAUCAGAAAUCUUUAACAGGAUAGUUUCAUCUGUAUGUAUUUUGUUGACGAAGAAUGAGCUUGUAGCCGCUUUGCAUGGUUGCUCAGCAGCAGUAUGUGAUAGGAUCAAGCAGUCAGCAGAAGGUGCAGUCCAAGCAGUCACCGAGUUUGUUAUGAAGAGGGGGAAUGAGCUGAACGAAAUUGAUAUAUCAAGGACAACCCAAUCUUUGCUCACUGCUACAGUUCAUGUAACUGAGAAAUAUUUACGUCAGGAAACUCUUGGUGCUAUUUCUUCUCUGGCCGAGAGCACCAGUGCAAGAAUUGUCUUCAAUGAAGUAUUGGCUGCUGCAGGCAGGGAUUUAGUUUCAAAGGAUAUAUCCAGACUACCUGGUGGCUGGCCAAUGCAGGAUGCCUUCUAUGCAUUUUCUCAGCAUACAGUACUUUCAUCCUUGUUCCUUGAGCAUGUGAUAUCUGUCCUUAAUCAGAUGCCCAUCCUUAAAGGUGAUUUGGAGAAAGGAGAUGAUUCUAGUCGUUCCGUUGACAUUGACAAUAACAUUCUGCAGGCAUCUAUGUUUGCUCUCACUGCCUUUUUCAGAGGUGGGGGUAAAAUAGGAAAGAGGGCUGUGGAACAAAAUUAUUCUUCUGUUCUUGCAGCACUGAUACUUCAACUGGGAAGUUGUCAUGGUUUGGCUAGUUCUGGUCAACAAGAACCAUUACGGGCUCUUCUUAUUGCAUAUCAGGCAUUCUGCGAAUGUGUUGGAGAUCUUGAAAUGGGAAAGAUUUUGGCUAGAGGUGGGGAGCAAAAUGAAAAUGAGAAGUGGAUCAAUCUUAUUGGAGAUUUAGCAGGCUGCAUUUCUAUAAAAAGACCAAAAGAGGUUCCAGUAAUAUGUUUGAUUUUAAGUAAAUCUCUAAGUCGACACCUAAGAUUUCAACGGGAAGCUGCGGCUGCAGCAUUGUCAGAGUUUAUAUGUUACAGUGAUGGUUUUGGUUCCUUAUUGGAGCAGAUGGUUGAAGCAUUGUGUCGGCAUGUAUCAGAUGAUUCUCCGACUGUUAGACGCCUUUGCCUAAAAGGAUUGGUGCAGAUACCAUCCAUUCAUAUUCUUCAGUAUACUACACAAGUUCUUGGAGUAAUAUUAGCUUUGCUUGAUGACUCAGAUGAACCAGUUCAGUUAACUGCAGUCUCAUGCUUGCUGAUGGUUCUGGAGUCAUCACCCAAUGAUGCUGUUGAACCCAUUUUACUAAACCUUUCUGUUCGGCUUCGCAAUCUUCAGAUAAGCAUGAAUGCAAAGAUGCGUGCGGAUGCCUUUGCAGCAUUUGGAGCUCUAAGCAACUAUGGCGUUGGGGCACAACACGAAGCAUUUCUUGAGCAGGUACAUGGUGACCUACCACGCUUGGUUCUGCAUCUUCAUGAUGAUGAUCUCUCUGUCCGUCAUGCUUGUCGGAAAACCCUAAAAAGGAUUUCCCCACUGUUGGAAUCAGAAGGAACAUUUGUCCUCUACAACACACACUGUUUUAAUUCUGACCACCGAAGUGACUAUGAAGACUUCGUCAGGGACCUCUCCAGGCAGUUCACUCUACAUAUGGCCUCCAGGGUUGACACAUACAUGGCUUCUGCUAUUCAGGCUUUUGAUGCUCCUUGGCCAGUUAUUCAAGCAAAUGCGAUAUACUUCUCCAGUAGCUUGCUCUCUCUCUCAGAUGAUCAACGGAUCUCUGCUCUUUAUUGUAAUCAGUUGUUUGGUAUUUUGGUGGGAAAGAUGAGUCGUUCUCCAGACGCAAUUGUCAGAGCAACUUGCUUUUCAGCCCUGGGCCUGCUACUAAAAUCCACCAAUUCGCUGUCAUGGAGAUCUGCUGGGCUUGAUCGUGUUGACUCAACUCGGAGGGGCCAUGUUUCGGAGUCUUCUAUGAAGUAGCAGUGUGGGAACGAUGAAAAUGGCCAUUCUAAUUUGUGAGGCUGAAUGACAACUCUUCAAGAUAAAAUUUGAAUUUGUGGAUCUAAUCUGGGUGCAUCGCAAUUCAGUCUAUUGUAAAGUAGCAACACCAAGGGUAAAAUAGAAAGGAAGUACGGGUCGAUUUGCAAGCUGUGUACCAAGUUACUUUGUGGAUGGAAGAUGGGUCUGAAGCUGUACCUGUAUUGUAUUCAAAAUGUACAAUUGCCUUCGAAUAUUAACCAUAGUGCUGUAGACAUUUGUAAAUUAGGUUAGAGUAUAUAUAAUCUAGAUUCUAGGUUGCUUCAAACUUGUGUUUGGGGUAUCUAUUCUAGAUUCUUGGUUUUUAUUUUCGUAAACUGAUGUUGUGAGCCUAAAGCUGUAACGAUAAUGUUGUAAAUUGAAGUUGUGAUCGGCGUGUAAUUGGUCUAUUGGAUCUGUACUUUCGACAGAAGCGAAAAUUGUUGUAUAUUCACUUUUAGUUUUCAAUAAUGGAAGUUAAUUAGUAUA